AGUUUUCAAUGAUGCCUACUAAUUUCUAAAAUAAAGUUUAAAACUCUUUCUAUAUUUGGUAUAGGUUCUACACAUCUUUAAAAUGAAUCUUUACUUCAUUAUAAUUUUGGUUCUCUUAGCAGUUGUUUAUUCAGAUGAUGAUCAAAUGGUAUCUGAAUCGACAGUCCAUGGUUUAGUGGAACCCAAGGAACUAGUUGUUGUAAUCAGAAAUUCUCAUGAUAGAAAAAGCAAGGCUGCAGCACAGCUUAUAAAAAGCAACUUGGUUACAGAAUCAAAAAAAAUUGACCAGGAGCUUGUGCAUGUUCUUAUGCUGCAUGAAGAAUGGGCUGAUCCCAACGCAUGGACAAUACUUCCCAUAUUGAAACACCUAUUUCUAACUUACAAUAACAAAGCAAAGUGGAUUUACUUUUGUGAAGAUAUUACUAAAAUCGAUUUAAAAGGAUUGUUAAAAGUGCUUGAAAGAUAUGAUGAAAAAAAGGAUCUUUUUCUUGGCCAUGCUCUUCAUGAUCACGAAGCUUCAAUUAUACACCAUUUUGCAUUUCAUCAAAAUCCUGCAUCUUUUAAAUUUCCAGAUUUUGAUGCGGGCUGGGCAUUGUCAAUAGCGUUACUGGAGAGAACUGUUAAAAGGUUGGAAGAUAAACCUCCUGGCAUGUCUUUCUCAAUUGAUGUCAAACAUGAAAUUGCAAUGUUUUUUUUCGAUAAUGAGCAAGGAACCAGAUUGACUGAUGUACCUGAAUUUUGCAUAAACAAAGCUUUAAAAGAAGAUUCUUGUGUUUCUACAGUACAAUAUGAAGAACCUGCAUGUGGAGAAGUCAAUUCCAAUGACAUAUUAAUUGCCGUCAAAACUUGUGAAAAAUUUCACAAGGAUAGAGUUCCUGUCGUGCAAAAGACUGUUGGUGUGCACGCCCAAAACAUCCGAUAUUACAGCGAUGUUGAAGACGAAAACAUUCCGACGGAAUAUAUCGGCGUCAACAACACAGAGAGUGGCCAUUGUCAGAAGUUGUAUAACAUAAUCAAAAGAUCGACAGAAUGGGAGAAGAUAAAGUGGCUUGUUGUCAUUGACGACGACACCAUUAUGAACUUCAAGCGCCUUCAGAAACUUCUAGCAUGUUACGAUCCAAACGAACCUAUUUUAUUAGGUGAACGAUAUGGUUAUGGAGUGAACUAUCACUAUUAUGGAUACUCCUAUCCCACUGGUGGAGGAGGUAUGGUAUUAAGUCAUGCUGGUGUUGCGAAACUUCUUGAAAGUGAUUGUAGAUGUCACUCAGUAGACGCACCAGAUGACAUGUGGUUAGGUUCAUGUUUUCGAAGCAUAACACCAAUGGUCCACACCAACUCCUUCCAUCAGUCAAAGCCUUCGCAGUACAACAAAGAAUUUCUUUCUCAUCGCUACCUGGUGUCUUUUCAUAAACAUUUUUAUGUUGAUCCGAUGCAAGUUUACCGCGAUUUUCUUGGAGGCGAAGAAGACGAAGUAGCAAAGAAAGAAAAGAGGAAGAUAAAGCAAGAACUAUGAAUUUUUACAACGUUUUAAUUCCGAGACUUAAUAUUGAGCAAUAAUCUGGACACAUUUUUACAGGGCUCAGUGGUUAUUGAAAAGGCUUGAAUUUUUUUUUAAUUUUUGUAGCCAGCCUGGAAAUGUACGAAUGCCUUGUCAUUAGUGAAUUAUUUUGUGUUUUAUUUAUUUAUUUAUUUAUUUAAUUAUCUUUUUUGGACAGGCAUUCAAGUCUCUAGAACAACACGUUGUUCUAGAAAAAAGCAGGACUUGAUGGAAUAAAAUUUAUAAACCGUUCGAUUUGAUACGAAAUUAAUUUCACUGUUCAGUUCCAUUUUUCCUCAUAAAUUGCACUUAGCUGGAAAACUCAUGCCUCUAUGUCUCAAGUAUUUAAUUAAUGCGCUAUUUUUUAACGAAUAAUAUUUAUACAACAACUUUUUAGUAUGAUUUUUAGUUUUUAGUAACAUUAUUAUGAUCUUUCUUCUUCAUCCUUUUGUCUAUAACUUGUUUCAGUUCUCAGGGGCGGAUUCAGUGUACGUCAGCGCCGUCACGUGACUGACAUAAUUUUUACUAAGAAUCGUAAGAAAUAA